CCCAGUAGCUCUAAUUGCCCGUCACCAUUUCUAUCAAGCUAAGCAGCCAUGGCCGUCGCUAUGCGUGCCCAGUGCGUCAAGGUGCAGGCUCGCCCUGCUCGCGCUAACACCGUUGUGUGCCGCGCCUCGGCCCAGUCCCGCCGUGAGCUGCUGGGUCUGGGUGCUCUGCUGGGCGUUGCUGCUCUGGCUCCCGCCGCUGCUAAGGCCGCCGUGGUCGACGAUCUGCUGGCCAAGUCCGCGGCCAACAAGGCGCUCAACGACAAGAAGCGCCUGGCCACCAGCUACGCCAACCUGGCCCGCAGCCGCACCGUGUACGACGGCACCUGCGCCUUCCCCGACAACUUCUUCGGCUGCGAGGAGCUGGCGUUCAAGCAGGGCGGCGUCAAGUACAUCGCGGACGACCUCAAGAUCGAGUGCGAGGGCAAGGACCCCAAGGAGUGCGGCUCCAAGUUCACCCUGCGCACCAAGUAAACACACCUACCAGGCUGCAAUCACAAACACGCACACGCAGAGCCGGUCAGCUACUGCACACCUACCCGCAUGCAUGAUACCAGCCGCAUAACUCGAAUACCAGCAGGGGCCACUACUGUUGCCCACUGCGAACAGUUUUGACAAGGAGGAGAGGAAGUGUGGCGGUGUUACCACUUAGUUCAAGGGGUGUGCUCAAUUUUGACGUACCAGCACGUUUAGAGCGAUGUAGCUACAGCCGAGGAGGCGGCACGACACGGCCGUGGAAAGUGGAUUUCGUGGUAGGGUCCGGUCCGGCCGGUUGGCCGGCUGUUGUGCGGCUAACAGCAGUAGCAUUGUCUUGGAAAAGGCCUUACGGUCCUUCCAUAAACAGAGAAGAAAAAAUCCAGUUGGUGACGUUUUUGUUAUGAAGGUUCAGCUGCAAACCACAGGCCGGGAGUAGUGCUGGGUUGGUACCUGUCAUGGUACCACACAC